GUCAGCACGUCACAGUUGCCAGUGGCUCCUCCGCGCUGCACGGUCUCAUCCUGUGGCUCCACGGCGACUCGGUCUGGCGAGCGAGACCGCUGCACUUCGCUCAGUCGACAAAAAAGGAACCCGAGUGGAAUAUCAAACACUCCGCGGCGCUUGCUGUUCCUGCAGGAUACACCCUGGUGCAACUGGAACAGGAGGGACCGCGUCUUCGGGACUGGUCACACUUGUCCUUGCCUGUGUUUAUGGUGGGAAAUGGUUACUCCCUCAGUGUGACGCCGGCGCUGAGGAAGGGCAGACGUCUGCACACGUCGCCCGCACUCGGUGCCUCUCUCACUCGUUCUCUUUCUUUCCUUGCUCUCGGCCCUCGCAUGGCCACUGCAUGACCUAUGGCGAGGAAGCUGUAGAACAUUCGACAAAGGUCAAAAGACGCUUAUAGUUAUUACUGGAAUACAACAGUGCUGAAGGGAAGUGAUGGCGCACUUGGAUCGAGCUGAAGGCAGGAUAUGAAACAUUUCUGGCGUAGAUGAUAGCGGCGACGAUGGAACCUCUUCAUCAUCACUCGCUAGGAGGGUUGCUAUGACGACGCCUCGCAUGCAUGUCAGCAGCCUCCUCGCCGGGAAGUCACAGAGGAAGUGGUGACUAUGAGCAGCGCAACGCCAGCACCCAUCGUUCUCGUCCUGGUCUCCGCUCUGCUGGUCACCUGCAAUGUCUUCUGGCUCUACUCCUCCAGCACCUACAGCCACAGGGUGGGCGUCUGCGGCCACGACUUCGAGGCGUGGGGUUCGGGCAACCUCAGCACUUCCGGCCGGAGGGACUACCAGCAGGUGGUUGGCAGCGGACUGAUGGACGUGCCCUUCCCCAUCCCCAUCCCCAACGACACCGUCCUCCUAGGCAGCGAUGAGGAGGUGGAGGAGGGGUCGUUGCGAUUCGUGACGAUCGGCAUCUCGUCAGUGUGGCGGAAGGACGACUACCUGACGCGGACCAUCGACUCCAUCCUGAAGGAGACGACGGAGGAGGAGCGCGGGGACAUCUUCAUCUUCCUCCUCCUGGCCGACGCCGACCCCGCUCUCAGGUACAAAUUGCGUCAGUGCUUAGCAGGAUGGUGAUAAAACAAGGA